CACUCCGCUGUCAGACCCCAUUCCACCGCGACAAAACAGCAAAGAUGGGUAUCGAUCUAGACAAGCACCAUGUGCGAAGCGGCCACCGUCGUGCGCCCGUCAGCGAGAACCCCUACCUCCGCAUCCUCCACAAGCUCUACCAAUUCCUCAGCCGCCGUACCGACUCGAAGUUCAACCAGACCGUCCUCCGCCGUCUACGCAUGAGCAAAAUCAACCGCCCGCCGAUCAGCUUGAGCAAGAUCGUCUCCGUGACCGCAAAUGAGCACUCGGCCAAAGCCCUCGAGGGUAAGAUCCGAGCUAUCGUCGCCACCGUCACCGAUGACACCCGCCUCUACGAGGUGCCCAAGAUGACCAUCUGCGCCCUGCGCUUCACCGCCACCGCUCGUGCCCGCAUCGAGAAGGCUGGCGGAGAGUGCUUGACCUUCGAUCAGCUCGCCAUGCGUGCCCCCACUGGCUCGGGUGUUGUCCUCCUCCGUGGUCCCAAGAACUCCCGUGAGGCUGUCAAGCACUUUGGCUUUGGCCCCCACAAGAACAAGAAACCCUACAUCGAGAGCAAGGGCCGGAAGUUUGAGAAGGCUCGUGGACGCAGACGAUCGCGUGGUUUCAAGGUGUAAACGCUGCACUACGGGGAUGGUACUGGUGCAGUGGACAUCGUCAUGGAGUCUAUUGCCUGGCUGAGUCGAGCUUGUCAAAUAGAGUAGUCUCAUCAGUCAAUGGCGUGGAGAGGCAGGCUCUACGGUGUGAUUUCGUAGCUGGUCCAAUCAUGAAUCGUUAAAAAUUUUGAGUGCCAAUCCCAAGUCCCUGCCUGAGGCACCACAAAAUUUGGUCUGCACCUCAUACCUCACUUG